AUGCUUCUGCGACUGGCGAGACUGGUGAAAUUGUUUCGCCUGCUUCGGCUGAUCAGGAAAGUGAAAGGCUUUGACUCACUCUACAUCAUGGUCACCUCCAUCAAAGCGAGCUUUUCCGCGCUUCUCUGGUCGACUGUUCUUCUCUUUGCAGUGCUGACGACCAUUGCCUUGGUCCUGACUACGCUUGUGGAAGUGUACAUCAACGACGAGAGCAACCCAAUCGAGAGAAGGAUGGAGGUGUUUGCUUACUAUGGUACCUUCACUCGCUGCGCCCUGACUCUCCUUGAGCUGACGCUGGCGAACUGGGUUCCAGCCUCUCGUGUGCUGACAGAAUACGUCAGCGAGUACUACACGAUCUUUGUAUUGGCGUUUCAGGCGUCCAUGGGAUUUUCUGUAGUGAAGGUCAUCAUGGGGGUUUUCCUCCAGAACACGUUUGCGGUAGCUGCCAACGACGACGUGAUCAUGAUGAACGCCAAAGACAGAGCUCUACAGACGCACAAGCAGAAGAUGGCUGUGCUCUUCGAAGCGGCGGACGAUAACGGCGAUGGUCGCUUAGACCGCCAGGAGUUCCAAGACAUCCUGGAAGAUCCGAUUGUUGCCAGAUGGUUGAGUGCAAUGGGCUUUGACACUUCUGUCAUGGGUAGCGAUGACAUUUUUGACCUCCUUUGCACCAAUGACACGGGCGACAUCAGUGCGGAGGACGAGAGAAUCGAACUGCUUCAGCCAGGUCAAGACUGCAGGCGAAGGUAG